GAUUGGCAGCGUGCUCGGCGCGUGCAGCGGCUGACCGACGCUGCAGGGACGCUGCGUUGCGAGAAAAGACAGCACUGGUGCACUCCUGCCAAUGGAUCAGGCGUCAGUGGUGCAAAUAUUUGAAAGACAGGCCCUGACGUGUCUAAUGCUCUGCGAGAUUUAUUCGUGCGCGAAGACGGGCUGGUAGCGUUUUAGGACCACGGUUCACCCUUGAUCAUCGAUAUUGAUGCACCCCGGACCAUGACACGACUCGUGCUGCUCUCAAUGGUCACCGCCGCCGGGGCCGCGCGUCCCGAGAUUCGAAGGAGACGCUUCCUCGCGGCCGCGGCCGCGUCGACGACCGCACCCGCGCCCGCGGACGCGUCCGGUUUGCUUUUGUUGCCACCGACGAAGCCGCUGACCAACCGCUACGUGCUGGUGCGAGCGGGCGAGAGCCGCUCGGAAGCCGACGGCGUGAUCGAAACCAACGCCGCGCGCAAGUUCCUCUUCUCGAACGGCCUGACCGAGGAGGGCGCCAAGCAGGCGUCGGCCGCCGCCGACGCCGUCGCCCGGGUCUUCGGGGACGCGGGCGGUCCGCCCGUCGUGCGGUACGCGACGGCGCGCCACUGCAAGCAGACGGCCGACAUCCUCGGCGCGCGGCUCGCGGUGCCCUCGUCGAAGCUGCUGCCCGAGGCGGACCUGCUGGACGCGCGCGGCUACGGCGCGCACGAGGGCGAGGGGCUCUGGCGCGUGCCGGAGCUCUGGGCCCAGUACGACGCGAAGAGCCGCUACGCGAAGCCGCCCGAGGCCGAAGACGGAAGCUACGCCGAGUCCGUGGAGGACGUCUACGUCCGCGUGCGCGAGGUCCUCUCCGUCUGCGAGACGACGCUCUGCGACGACGUCGUCCUGGUCGCGCCCGGGAGCGACGUGCUCUCGGUGCUCGAGGCGAGCUUGCGGGGCCGCCGCCUCACGGACCACUUCGCGCUCGCGUUCCAACCCGGCGAGGUCCGCUACGUCGGGGACAUGGGCGACGCGAGGCCCUGGGCGCCGCGGCGGCCGCCGAGUUAACAUCACAUCUUUACUAGUA